AUGGCAAGCCUAAGUUCAUUCCUUCCUAUCAUAAUUUUAGGUGCAAUAAGUCUAAACUCAAAGGUUUGCAAUGGUGAAGUGCACAAGCGUUUGUUUGUGUCUGGAGACUCACUGUUUCAUGCAGGAAAUAACAAGUAUCUUAAUGGUAGUAUGAGAGUUGUACAGGCAUACUAUCCAUAUGGCAUAACUUACCAUAAUCAAUCUACUGGAAGGGUAUCGGACGGUCUUAUAAAUCUUCCCCAGCAACUGGCAAAUUUCAAGAAGGUGGCAAGUUCACUGGACAAGGACGUGCUGCUGAGAUCUGUUUUCUUGAUUAGCAUUGGCGGGAAUGAUUACUUUAGCUUCAACACCAAAAACCCAAAAGCUACUCAAGCUGAAAGAAAGCGAUACCAAAGGAUGGAAAUAUAUGAGUUAGGAGGAAGAAAAUUUGGCUUCCAGAAUGUUGGACCAUUGGGUUGUAUGCCAUUGAUCAAGCAACAAUCUUUCCCUCAACUAAAAGGAAUUUGUAACACCAACUUUAAGUACAUGCAACACUACACAAUAAAACCCUUCCAAAAGGCCCUUAAGAAGUUGGAGACACGUUUAACUGGUUUCAAAUAUUCCAUAUUUGAUUACUAUCGUGCACUUCUCGAUAGAAUUAACAAUGCUUCAAAAUAUGGUUUUAAAGAAGGAAUUAUAGCAUGUUGCGGCACUGGCCAAUUCUAUGGACAAAAUUGUGGAGGAGGUUUCAAUGGAACAACUUCUUAUAAUCUUUGCACAAACCCAAGUCAAUAUGUAUUCUUUGAUGGCGGUCACACUACAGAAAAGGUAAAUAGCCAAUUGGCCAAUCUUAUUUGGAGUGGAAAACGAAAUGUCACACGGCCAUACAAUGUGAAGCAAUUGUUUGAGCUUCCAUAA